UUCAGUCGAACAAAAUCAAACCCAAGGGUUUCUGGUGUUUCUUGAAGAGUUUUCCAGAUUCGUGCUUUGUCUUCCAGAGCAACAAAAAGAUCGAGUAAUCCUACAAAACAUAUAGAGAUAUUGUUAGUGUGUUGUGUAAGUAAGAAAAAGUAAUGGCGUUAGUCGAUUCGAUUGCAGGUCUUAGUUUAGAAGAGGAAAUUAGGGCAUCAUUGAUUGUGGGUGAAGGAGAAAUCGAAGAAGGUGAAAUUACUGGAGAUGAAUCUGAUCAUUCCACCUCUCCAAAUACAAUAAUUCCUCAUCAGCCUCAUGUUUUAGAACAUUCUUGGACUUUCUGGUUUGAUAGUCCUGCUGCUAAACAAAAGCAAUCUACUUGGGGUAGCUCCAUUCGACCUGUUCAUACCUUUGGUACUGUCGAGGAGUUUUGGAGCCUAUACAAUAAUAUACAUAAACCAAGCAAGUUAGCUGUUGGAGCAGAUUUUCAUUGCUUCAAGCACAAAAUUGAACCAAAGUGGGAAGACCCUAUAUGUGCAAAUGGAGGGAAGUGGACCAUAAGUUUUCCUAGAGGGAAAUCUGAUACAUCCUGGUUGUACACGUUGUUGGCUAUGAUUGGGGAGCAGUUUGAUAAUGGUGAUGAAAUAUGUGGAGCUGUUAUUAAUGUCAGGGGUAAGCAGGAGAAAAUAUCUAUAUGGACCAAAAAUGCUACAAAUGAAACUGCACAAGUGAGCAUUGGGAAACAGUGGAAGGAGUUUCUUGAUUACAAUGAGAGCAUAGGAUUCAUCUUCCAUGACGAUGCUAAAAAGGCAGAGAGGUUCGCCAAGAGCAAAUAUACAGUUUGAGCAGAGUUCCUUCGUCACCCUUCUGUUCAAGCUAAUACUCAAGUGGAUGAUGGUGUAAUACGCUGAUUUUAGCAGCGGUUUUUGUUGGAAAUGUCAUUUUUUCUUAUGGUAGUCUCAUCUCUGCUGUUUUGGUUGAUCUGAUCUACUUUCUGGUGGAAAAGGAUUUUUGCUGUAUAUCCCAGUUAUGUCUGAAAUAUGGGAUUAUGAAUGUUCUUGACAUAGAAUCAAAACAAAACAAGUUCUGUUACAUUUUGAAUAGAUAUAAGUAACACCUUUUAGUUGGGAUUUUUCUUCUGAAGUAAAGGGUAAUGUCAAGUCUUCAACUUUUUUAGUUUACAAUAGCUUCGUACACGUGUUUUGUUGUGCUUGCAUGUGCGUGUCAAAUUCGAUAUUUUGUGGCACUCGGUAUGUUUUAUUAUUUUGAUUUUUCGUUGUAAAUUUGGGAUUGUUUUUUAGUGAUAUGUAACUGUUUAAGUAAUUCCAUCAA